AUGGUCACCCCCGCCGAUCUCAUCAGAGAAAUCACCCUCACAAACAACUUCCUUGCCAAACAAAAUGCAAACCUCAAGAUCGAAAAUCACAACCUCAAAGUCACAAACGACAUGCUCAAAAACAAAGCCGCCACCGAUCAAGCAAUUAUGAACGCCGCCAUCUCAAUCAAGAACCUCGAACUCUACAAUCAGAACCUUGAAGGCGAGAACCAGCAUCUGAGGGAGCAGCUUGAGCACUGUGCUGAGAAGAAGAAGAUUGAUGAUGAGUUGGAGGUGUUGAGGAUGGAGGUUGAGAGUAUUGAUGAGGAGUUAGUGAAGCGUGCGAAGGAGAUGGAGAUUAUGGAGGAGUUGGAUGAGAAGAUGAAGGUGUUGAAGCAGGUUGGUGUCCUGGAGGACGGUCAGGAAGAUGAACAGAAACACGACCAGGAGAAUGGCCAGAAAAGUGGCGAGGCCGAGCUGGAGAAUGUCUUGAAGGAGAGCCACGAUGGUGAUAGCGAGUGA